AUGAAGUUCCUCAUCACGUUCCUGCAUCAAAUGUCCUACAUGGAGCUCGCGCUCUCGGCCACCAAGCCCGAUACAAUGACGACCUUUCAGUCGAACGCGGCGACGAAGGACCGCGCGCACUUGACCGACCGCGCCGAGAUGUCGGCGCGCCUCAUCUUCUUGGAGCGGCUCAUGGAGUACGUGGCGUGGCUUGGUGACCAGCGUCUCGCGCUCACGCAGCCGGCGCCGCGCGUGCACCGCCUCGCCAAGCGCUACGGCAUGAACGCCAAGGAGACGGAGCUUUUCCAGCUCAUGGUCAUCUUCCAAGGCUGCCAGUCGACCACGGUGCGAUCACAGAUGGUCGAGGAAGACGUGAACCGCAAGAUGAUGAGCUUCCAGCGCCUCGCCGGCAUCUCGGAGAUUGACAUUGAAGAGUUCCACGACGACAGCCGCGAGCACGUCAAGGAAGGCACGCUCCUCGCCGACUGCGACAACUACAUUACGAUCCUGACGCUGUCGUCCAUUUCAGUGCGUGUCAUGCUUGGCCGGACGCUGUCGCCGUCGCAGAUCCUCAAGCUCAGCCAGACGUCGCUCGAGGCCAUCUUGCGCGAAGAAGGUAUCGUGUACGAACACGUGCUCGAGCUCCAGGACGACGCAAUGGCCGGCAGCGACAACGAGCAGCCCAACGAGCACGACGACAACGACGACGUGGUCGACGAGACAGAGGAAGCCGCGACCGAAGACGAGACGCCGCCCGACGACAGCAUCGUCGCCAUCGAAGAAGACGACGAGGAAGAAGUUGUCGACGACGACGACGAUGACGACGACGACAUUACGUCGGCGUACUCGUUCAUCGGCAAGUACAAGCCGACCAAGAGCGCGCACGGCAGCAGUGGCCCGUCGCCCGACGUGCCGUUGCUGCACCAUCUGACGGACAAGAAUGCGCUCCUGCCUUACAGCCCUGAGAACCAGCUCGAGUACCUCGAAGACCGGUUCCAGGUCGUGGCCUUUGCCAUUCGCGCAUCGGGCGCUCGCGUGAAGGACCAGAUGAAGGAAGCCGGCACCAAGCAGCCGUGGAACGACAACUACGGCACCACCAUGUCGGCCGGUAAACGCGAGCUCAAGGCCAAGCAGCGCGUGCAGGACCGUCGCGUUGCGCACCGCCUCCAGCUCACGCGGACCGCCAACCUCGCACUGCCGCGCCUGGAAGAGAUGGCGACCAAGUUCAAACUCAACGCGUUUGAGCAAAACGUGAUUGUGAUGCUGAUUGGCAAGACGAUCUCGCCCGUGCUCAAGAACCUCCUCGAAGGCGUCGACACGUCGGUCGUCCAGCGCAUGGACGAAAGCAUCACCGUGAACCAGAUUCUGAGCGUCUUUUGCGACACGUUCCAGGAACAAGUCGCGCACCGCGUGACUUUUACAAGUCGGCGCGGCUUCUCCAGCGCGGGCUCAUCAAACUCAACCGCGGGUACCGAGUCCUUGCGGUGGCACUCGAGCGGCGGCGAUCUCGUGGACCAGCGCGUCGACUUGGAUCGGCGCGUGCUCGACUGGGUCGUGGGCCUCGACACGGAGAUCAACGAGCUCGUCGAAGGCUCCGACUUGUACAACCCCAAGGUGCAGCUGUCUCAAGUCGUGCUUCCCGACGAGUACAAGCACACGAUUCUGAGCACGGUCACGAGCUACGAGCACUUUCGCGUCUACCGCAAGACGAGCGGGCUCGACCAGACGCUCACCUACGGCACGGGUCUCGUGCUGCUUCUCUGCGGCGCCUCGGGCACGGGCAAGACGAUGACGGUCAACGCGGUUGCGCACCACCUCAAGAAGCGCGUGCUGCUUGUGGACUUUCCGUCACUCCAAGGCAAGGCCAGUCAGGACCGCGGCGAGUGCGACGCGGACUUGCGCGGCUUGUUUCGCGAGGCCGACAUGAGCAACGCGAUUCUCUUCUUCGACGAGUGCGAGUCAAUCUUCAAGCAGCGAGAAAUGGGCGGCGACCGCCUCUUGAACGCGCUUUUGACGGAAAUGGAGCGCUACGAAGGCAUUGUGUUUUUGGCGACGAACCGGCCGUUCGAUCUGGACGAAGCCAUGCACCGCCGUAUUACCGCCGUCUUCGAGUACAAGGCGCCGGACCACAUCCAGCGGCGUGAGAUCUGGCGCGUGCUCGUCUCGGACAAGCUCCAGACGUCGCCCGAUAUCGACUGGGACGCGAUUGCGCUCAAGUACGAGCUCUCGGGUGGCUUCAUCAAGAAUGCGAUCCUGUCGGCGUUGCUCAAGGCCAUCGAGCGCAGUCCGACGUCGCCCGUCAUCUCGCACGACGACAUUGUGGCCGGUUGCGCGCUGCAGAUGCGCGGCAGUCUGCACAUGAAGACGUUUGACCACCGCGUCGUGCCGUCGACGGGUCUGGACGCACUCAUCGUCGACGCGACGACAAAGGCGACCUUGGCCGAGAUAGUGCAGUUUGAGAAGGCCCGCAACGUGAUUUACGGCCAGUGGAAUUUUGAUUUUGGCCUCACGACCAAGUACAACAAGAAGAACCAAAAGGGCGUCUCGGCGCUCUUCCUGGGCCCGUCUGGCGUCGGCAAGGUGAGCGCCGCGAAAGCGCUCGGGUUUGAAGUCGGCCGCCCGCUCAAAUUGCUGCACUUUUCGCAGCUGCAGUGCGACUCGGCCGCCGAGUCGCGUCGCGCGCUGCAGUCAGUCUUUGACGACGCGCGGCUCAUGGACGCGGUCCUGGUCCUCGAAGGAUUUGAGAUGUUUGGCAUUGACAUGCACGGGCAGGCCGACCCGGACUCGCCGCGCUUCAAGCUCGAGGUCCGCCGCCUCAUGGACAUGAUGGACACGUUUCCAGGCAUUUCGAUUCUGAUUGCCAACUCGGCGCCGGGCCAGAGCAUGAACUUGGACCCCGAGUGUUCGCGCCGGCUCAAGUUUGUGGUCGAGAUGAAGCCGCCGAACGCGAGUCUGCGCACGCAGCUGUGGCGGUCGUUCUUUCCGCCGGCCGCGCCGCUCGCCACCGACGUGGACUUUAAGAAGCUGGGCGCGCGCUUUGAGUUGUCGAACGAUGCGAUUUCAAAUGCGGUCUUUCGCGCGGCGGCGAGCGCGGCCUUGCGCCCCGAGGCGACGCGCAUUAUCUCGAUGGCCGACUUGAUGCACGCGGCCGAGACGGAGAAGAAGAAGAGCCGCGGCAACGCGCAGGACAUGCGCGACCGGCUCUUUGCCUAA